AAAAUUCCACCAACUGCUGGUGUGCAGCUUACCAGUAAGAAUUGGGAAUGGGAACACAAACAGAUCAAACCUUAUUAUUUGAUUGUGUUUUACAUCACAGUCAGUGGUGCUGAAAACAGAUGGCAUUUUAAUUUUAUUUGACAGCAGCGCGAGCAGUGUUCUUGCGCAGGCGCAGUGGGGGCGGGGCAGCCUUGUGUGUGCUGAGGAGUUUGUCAUGCAUGGGAGAAAUAGGGAGAUCCCGUAAAAAAAGACUGCUGAAGAAGAGGAAGUGAAAGAGGACAUCGGUAAAAUCAUAACAGCAUUGAAGAUUUUACUGGAAAAACAACAGCAACAACUUUUACGAGAUUUCUUCACCACGAAUGGCUUGGUCCAACUUGAGAAGAUAGUAGGUGUGUAAUGCGGAGUGGGGAGUAAUCCAAAGAUGCCCAUCACUUUAACCCCAAAAAAUCAAAUGUUCCAGCUGAGAAGAUGAUUAACUUGACUUCAGUGCAUUGUGGGCCGGCAUGACCGUCCACACUGUUUAAGGGGUCCUAGGGAACUCGAAUGCUGCACAUGAGCAGCAGUGUAAGUUGGACUGUAAGUCUUGAGCAGAUUCAGUCCUCAAGGCUUAUGUCUUUCCUGCAGAGAAUGGUGCCAACAGGAUUUGUCAGAAUGCAAGAGGAGAGAUUGUUGAUGGCUGAGGUCACCUUGCAGGAUGGGCUGCAGACUUGCUUCAGGUCUGAACCACCUCACUCGGAGAGUCGCCGCCAUUCUGAGCGGGGGCAGAGGUCACCGGGAUACUCUGAAGACAGGGACUGUUGCUUUUCAGAGACUGACGCCAUGUUGCCACAGGAAACGUUCUCUGAAGAAGAAGAAGAAGAAGAAGAAGAGGAGGAGGAGGAGGAAGAAGAAGAGAAGAAGGAAGAGGACUCAACCACCAGAAAUAUGCCAAAGGAGUCACCCCUGGCCAUGGCACUCCAGAUCUUGCUGCCUUUCCUCUUGGCAGGGUUUGGCACAGUGUCAGCUGGCAUGGUGUUGGAUAUAGUUCAGCACUGGGAGGCCUUUACGAACAUCACUGACAUCUUCAUCUUGGUUCCAGCUCUUCUAGGCCUGAAAGGUAACCUUGAAAUGACCUUGGCGUCCAGGCUGUCCACUGCUGUAAAUGUAGGAAAAAUGGACUCUCCUAUUGAGAAGUGGAAACUGAUUAUUGGAAAUCUGGCACUCAAGCAGGUUCAGGCGACUGUGGUGGGGUUCCUGGCUGCAGUGGCGGCAGUCAUCCUUGGCUGGAUUCCAGAAGGGAAGUUCCAGAUGGACUAUGCUGUGCUUCUGUGUUCCAGCAGUGUGGCCACAGCCUUCAUCGCUUCUCUCCUGCAAGGUACUAUUAUGGUCGGUGUUAUUGUCGGCUCAAAGAAGACAGGUAUAAACCCAGACAAUGUUGCUACUCCCAUUGCAGCCAGUUUUGGGGAUCUCAUCACUCUUGCCAUAUUGGCGUGGAUCAGCCAGGGUCUUUACUACUGUCUUGGGCCACACCCUUAUGUUUCUUCUUUAGUGUGUGCCUUCUUCCUUGCCUUGACUCCCCUGUGGAUCGUAAUCUCUUCAAAGCACCCAGCCAGUCGGACCCUGCUAUACUCUGGGUGGGAGCCUGUCAUCACCGCCAUGAUCAUUAGCAGUAUUGGGGGACUUAUUCUGGACAAAACUGUGUCUGAUCCAAACUUGGCCGGCAUUGUUGUUUAUACUCCAGUAAUUAAUGGUAUCGGUGGUAAUUUAGUGGCUAUCCAAGCUAGUCGAAUAUCUACCCACCUCCAUUUCCACAGCAUUCCAGGGGAAGUUCCAGAGGAGUCAAAGGGCUGCUAUUACCCCUGUAGGACCUUCUGUGGUGCAGAUGCUAAUCACCGGUCAGCUCAGGUGUUGCUCCUAUUGGUCAUCCCUGGUCACCUGAUCUUUCUGUACACUAUUCACCUGAUGAAGAGCGGCCACACCACCCUCACCCCCAUCUUCAUGGCGGUCUACUUGGCUGCAGCGCUUCUGCAGGUGUUGAUGCUCCUGUGUAUUGCAGACUGGAUGGUUCACCGCAUGUGGAGGAACGGGAAGGAUCCUGACAGCUUCUCCAUCCCCUACCUGACUGCUCUGGGGGACCUCCUGGGAACUGCCCUGCUGGCAAUAAGCUUCCAUUUCCUGUGGGUCAUUGGGGAUCAGGACAGCGAUGUUGGGGACUGAACACCUGCCUAUGUGCCUGCCUAGCUGCCUGCCUGCCUGCCUGUCUGUCUUCUGAGAUUGGUUACCUGCCUCUACCACCCGUCUGUUAAUCUGCCUGUUCUUAAACCAAAUUCUCAGUCACUGGACCCUGUAACUGGUGGCUGUCCCUUUUACAGCAAGUGUACUAGGAGUCUUAACUGACUGACUAAUUACCCCCUAUGCAGAGUUCCCUGCGGUGCCAACAUGGAUACACACCAGCUGUGCGUUGCUGGCAAAAUCUAGAUAGAGGAUACAUGAAGGUUAUCAGCGGGAUGUCCACAAUUAUCUCUCUGAGUUAGUUAGGCCUUGGAAGUAACUAGGAUAUUAGAGUGAAGACCUUCACAUAUUUUAUUUCUAUGCAAGUUCAAUUGGAACAAUUCGGAGAUGAGCUUUAAAAAGUGACAGGCAUGCUGCACUUCUAUACUUUCUUUAUCUGUUCUUGCAAGAUUCGAUUCUAUUCAAAAGUAGCUCCAGCUGUGAGCCUAAGCAUCGUGUAUCAUCUACAAUUUCAGUAUGCAUACCCUGCUGCCAGUGCCUAGUCUAACUGAGUUGCUCAGAGACCAAGCAGUCAACUCUGCCAUGCAGCUUUAAUGCCUCUGCUCCAUUGAUGUCUGUCUAUUCACAUGUGGCUCAGUGUGCUUAGUCAUUACAGGGUUCUACGCCUGUCAGGCAGGAGCUUUAGAUUGUAUCAGUCACUUAAAUCUGGCUGAAAAGCUUUACUUUUUUUUAAGUAGUUUGAAAUCUUUUUUUCCUUUUCUACUGCUGAAACAAAAUCUCAUGGUUCCCUGAAGGAAACUGUACAAAACAUGCCUGUCUGGCGGUAUCAUUAUCACUCGGUAGGUAGCGGCUGACGCAUCAGUUCACAUUCUCUGGCAUUUUUGGUCAAAUAACUGCAAAGUGGAACUUAUAUGCAGUUUGACUGUAACAUAAUUUAAGCCAUCAGUGCAAUUAUAUCAAGUUGUCUUGGUAAAUGGUAGACAUAGAACUCAAGUUUCAUAUAUGGAAUUAUUUAACCCCUCUGAGCAGUAUAUAGUACCUGUUAGAGCAAGAAGCUGUUAACUCCUAUUACAGUCAAAGGUGUUGUAAGGUGGUUAGAAUUGUCUCAGUAGGGCAAGUCACAGGGUUGUGACCCCCAGAAAUGCACCAGCUUUGGAAUACCUUCCAUUUAUAUGAAUACUGAGCUCUGGUGCUAGGUGCCCUAGCAGAGUGUAGUGUCUCUACCACUGCGUCUGGCAGACCUCGUCUGGAUAGACGGCUCUGUUCAACGGCCAAACGCAGAGUUGGAGCUGGGCCAGGUUCGGGUGCCACAAUAACCCCCCUGCUUGGCUCAGGAGUUCCUUGCAGAACAGGAGCUGCCAGGGUUGGCCCCACAACAUGUGGAGAGGAGAGCAAACCUGGGGCACCUCGGCCAUCUGGGUGCGACCAGCAAAACCUGGGCUCUCUCCACCCUAAUC